AUCGAUAUAUAGGUUGUAAAUAAUUAAAAAAAAAAUCUGUUAAAGUUAAGUUUAAAACGUUUAUUUAAAGUUUAAGUCAUUCUCUUUUCGUUAAUUUUCGUUAAAUGUUACGAUAUUUUGUUAAUUUAAUAUAAAAAAUGGAUAAGAGUCCAAAGUUUUUUGUUGAAAAUUGGAAAAUGAUUCAAACCUUAGGAGAAGGAGCUUUUGGGCAAGUUAAAUUAUUAGUGAACCAAACAACACAACAAGCGGUAGCAGUUAAAAUAAUUAAUUUAAAUGAUAAAACAAGUAAAGAAGUAAUCGAAAAAGAAGUAAAAAUCCAUAAAGUGUUAGCUCACCCGCAUAUAAUUAGGUUGUUUGGGCAAAGGGAAGAACCGGAAACUGUUUAUAUUUUUAUGGAGUACGCAUCCGGGGGCGAACUUUUUAAUAAAAUCGAACCUGAUGUUGGGAUGCCUACGUUCGAGGCUCAAAAGUAUAUGAAACAAAUCCUUGAUGGAGUCCAAUAUUUACACACCAAGGGUGUAGCCCAUCGAGAUAUCAAACCAGAAAAUAUCUUAUUGGAUGAAGAGGGUGUUAUUAAAAUUAGUGAUUUUGGUAUGGCCACUAUUUUUAGAUUGAGAGGGAAAGAAAGACUUUUAGAUAAAAAAUGUGGUACUUUACCGUAUGUAGCCCCAGAAGUAAUGGAAUCUCCGUAUAAAGCAGAACCAGCAGAUUUAUGGUCAUGUGGAAUCGUUUUAAUAGCUAUGUUAUCUGGAGAACUACCAUGGGAUGAACCAUCAGAUAAAUCAAUUGACUAUGUUACAUUUAGGAAAGAAAGUGGUCUUCUAAUCAGUCCAUGGUCAAAAUUAAGCACAAUUUCAUUGAGCUUAAUCAGAAAAAUAUUGGCUCAUAACCCUCGAGAUAGACCAACAAUAAACCAAGUGUUGCAACAUCCAUUUUUAACAUCCAAUUAUGAUAAGGAUGUGGUGGAUUGUAACACACCAUCAAUAACGCUAUCACAACCAACAAUAAGAGAAGCAGUUCCACCAAAUUCUUUACAACUAUUAUUAUCGCAAGAUCUAAAAGCUAAUAAACCGAUUUGUUUUUCACAACCUAUCAAUAACGAAGAUCUUAUUUUGGGAUCACAAAUUCAAUUUACUCAAAGUCCCGUCAAUCACACUAAUUUCCAACGAUUAAUCAAACGAAUGACGCGAUUCUUCGUUACAACCAAUAUCGAGGAAACUAUAAAGUAUUUGGGGGUGGUGUUAGAUCAAUUACACAUGAGGUGGAGCAUAAACGCAGAAAGAGCGUUGAUUGUUACAACAACAGAUAUUAGGAAAACUAAGUUGAGCUUUAAAGGAAGUUUUAUUAACAUGGAUGGUAAAUUAUUGGUUGAUUUUCAACUGGUGAAAGGUUGCGGGAUUGAGUUUAAGAAAAGAUUUGUGAAAAUAAAAGAGUUGGCCAAAGAUAUUAUUGCUCCAAAUCCUUAAAUAAGAGUUCCUAAAUGUUUUUUUUUGUAUUAAUAUUAUUGUUAAAAAGAUUGUAACUUAUUUUGUAAUAAUAUACA